AUGCCCGCAGCUUCCCCCCAUCCCCCACGCAGUCAUUGCUCCUUUUUUCAAGCGGGUCUGCCGCAGCCUUCCUGGUGCUCGGUGUCCGAAGCAGCCAAAUUUGCUGCAAAUCCCCUCCCCCAAAACCCCCACCACCCCGGGCCCUUGCAAGGCUGCAAGGGGCACCAGACUUCAAGCUGCGUUUCCCGUGAUCCUGAACAGGUCUUGGAUGGAGAUCAGGAGACACUUCGCGAGAUCCGCUCGCCUGUGGCAUCGCCGAACCUGGGGACCAUUCCUGUGCCUGGCUUCGAAGGUCCUGGGCGAGUCCGCGCAGACAGCUACGCCAGCUCCGGCAUGGCAACGCCACCCGGAGAGGUUGUUGGAAGCCCAACCACGGUGCAGCACGUGGGCCCCAGCCCACAAGAAUUGAGGCAGCUAAAACAGCGCCUGGAGGAGGUUUGCCACCGUGGGGGCUACCCGACUGCUCAGGGAAGGCUGCAAAGGGCCUCCUCGAGCGGCUCUUUCUGGAGUGUCGGGAGUGAAGUUACCGACGCGGACGGCCAUCCGCCCGAGGGGAUGCGACAUGUGCGGUCGAACGGAUCUGUCAGCAGCAUCACCACUUUCGAGGCCAACCGGUCUCGGGCAUGUUCUUUCGGAUCCAUCGGCUCAAUGGGCCGCGAUGACGGCGACGGCGAUGGCGAGCCAGUAGAGUUUGAUCUUCACAUUGUGGAGGAUCCGGAGGACGGCACGUGCCACGAAUCGAGGUCUCGCCAGUGCCACGGCGACCACCGAUCCGAUCAGCGGCAGAGCCACGACAAAUCCGGCAAGGUGGCUCGGUCUCGUCGCCCACGAUCUCGCGAGGCAGCCAAGGCCCCGAGAGAACCCGGACGCCAGAGCCAGGAAAGACAGUUGGCAGGACCGAUACCGGUCGGUUUGGUGGACUCUGCCGAGAGCAGCCCAACGGCUUCGCCAAGCCCACGAGAGAAGCUUCCCAUCACGAGGAAGGGAAGCGACGCCUCGCAAUGCUCCGGUUGUUCGAGCCCCACGGGAGACAAGUCCGCAGCAGGGCGCGCGUGGCAGAAGGAGUAUCGCCAUUCACUUGUGCCCAAGAACGUCAACCUGGAGGCUACGCAACAGGGCGACCAAGAGAUCACGACUUUGAUGAUCCGCAACAUUCCGAACCGCUACUCGCAGCGCGACCUUAUCGCGGAGCUUGAAGACAUGGGUUUCGGUGGAAAGUUCAACUUCCUCUACAUCCCGCUGGACAAGGGCACCAUGGCGAACGUGGGAUAUGCUUUCGUGAACUUCAUUGACAAGGAGUGGGCCGCGAGCUGCAUGGAAGCAUUCCAGGAGCUUCCAGUCUUUGCGCAUCAGGGCAGGUCGUUCGGCGACAUCUUGGGAUGA